GACCGGCGGCUGCUGUCUGCAACUGGCGGGACCUCCACACAUUCUUACCCCCAAAAUGGGCUCCUCAGUUAUCUAAAUCACAGCUCAAGUCUCCUCCAACACAUCACUGGAAAAAAAAACAUCACCAUGGCAACUGACGUGAAGACCCCAGACUUUGACGACCUGUUGGCAGCGUUUGACAUCCCUGACAUGACGGAGGGGAAAGACGCGUUCGAGCACGGGACCGACCAUGAGACUCCUGCUGAGGGGUCAAGGGGGGACAACCUCACCCAGGAUGGAGGAACUCUGACCACUCCAGUCAAGCCGAUGCCCCAGCUACAGCGAACACGGGACAUCGUUCCAGAGAUCCGCCCUGAUGCCAGCCCUGAUCGCAUGCCAAGUCCACUGGAACCAAUCUUCAACCUACCCACCAACCAAUCAGAAGAAACUGCCGAACCCCUCAGCAACCAAUCAGAGCAACCCUACCAUUUACCGACAGUCAAACCAGAACCUGGCUCUGAUUCGUCCACUGUAACCAUUAAAAGAGAACCAGUCGCGGAUUCAACACCUGACCAAUCACAGCACUUGUCUGUUAUCAAGCAUGACCAAUCAGAGCCAUUCUUAGAUAAAAUAAGCACCCAAUCAGAAACUGGUUUAGAUAAUCUCAAAUCUGAACAGAAAUAUAGAUCACCAAGUCCUCAAGAAGUAGCUAGUACCAGGAAGAGCCCAAGCAUUCCCAAGAAGAAAGUAGAUAUAAAGCCAGCAUCAGACAAAGAAAAGACGUCUACCAAAAGCAUAGAAACUGCCAGUUCUAGGAUAGAAAAACUUGUGACCUCUCUAAGAGAUGAAGAAAAAGUCAACCCGCUUCCACCAAAAUGUGAUGAAGUAAAAAGCUCUGCAACAAAAGUGUCGCCACCAGAACUACAAAGUGUACCCAACAGCCAACCCGCAGCUAAACCUAGUGGAGAUGCUAAAGUUAAAAACCUUCUCAACUCAGACUCAGAGCAAAAGACAACCGUCAAAACACCACCAACAGUGAAGCAAAUUGCCCCCAAGCCAACCAACAAGCCUGAGCCAUCAGCUGCCAAGGCAAAGGAGCAGGUUGAUGACACCAAAACUAGCACUAACAAGCCUUACAACACAAGACCUCGUAAACAGAACUUUAAGUUCACGUUUGAAGACGACUGUGAAUUUGAGGACGAGUUCACUGAUGAGUCAGAAAGGGACAAGCAGCCAGCAAAGAGUGUUCCUGCAGGUAACCAGAACUCCAUUGCUGCCAUGCAGCUUAGAGAACUCAUGAGACAGGCUGAUAAAGACAAGAAAGAGAGCGAGGCCGCAUCGGCAGGCCAAGGUUCGAUUCCCAAGGUCCGAAUCACCACCCUGAGAACUUCCCAAGGGACCAUCAUGACAGCUCAGUCAGUACCGAAACAGUCCAUCAUUCCCAACUCCACCAGUAGCAGCAGUGUUGUUCCCAUUGUCAGGACUCUGACCACUGCUGCCAUGGGUCAGCUGCAUGUGGCCCAGCCACAAGCCACCGCAACAAAAACUUCCAUUGUCUCUAGUCCAGCAACUGUUCAGUCUCCAGGUCAGCUCAACAACAGGGUGGUCACCCAAGUGUUGACAUCUGGGAACGCGUCAGUUCGAACCACUCCCAGCGGGACCACCGUGCACACGGUGACCAACCUGGGCAUUGCGUCUAUUCUCAACAAGCCGAACCCCGUGUCGACGUACAGCCCCAACCUGAACGUCCCGGCCAAGUACAACCUCUCGGUCCCAAAGAACGGGCACAAGUGCUUGGAGUGCGGAGACACCUUCCUGCUGUACACCAGCCUCUUACACCACAUGCAGCGGCGGAGCAUCAUGAUCACCAUCAACUGCAACAUCUGCAUGAAGAGCAUGCUGUUCCAGAACAAGUGCGCCCUGCUGUCCCACUCCCGCCUGCACAUGAACCGGGGGAAGAAGAUGAACCUGGCUUCGGCCAUCGUCACCCCGCUCCUGAAGGAGUUGAUGAACCUGGGACAGCCGAACCCAAGCGCUCCACCGGAUGUUCACACCUCCAUAGGGCAGACCAUCGUCUCCUCUGCUAGCACCUCCACAGUUCAAAGAGCCACCGUUCAAAGUGUACAGACCACCGUCACCAGCUCUGUAUCCUCCUCUCAGACCAGGCCCUCCCCGAGCCUUCAACAACUGGUCAUGGGUUCGCAGCCCGGAGCCAUGUCAUGCACAGAGUGUCGCAUCAUUGUUAACAGCCUCAGCUCGUUGGAAAUCCAUUUCCAGAGGAACACCACCGACUUGAAAUCUCCCUCCUUGUGUCCCCAGUGUGGAGUUUUCUUCCCAAACAAGUGCAUGCUGGGGGCCCACCAGCGUAUUCACAAGAACCUAGCCCCCUACACGUGUCCGGAAUGUGGGAAAUGGGAGAAGGGUGGGCGGAGCGUAUUUCUAAAACAUCUCCGCACAGCGUGCCACCAUUACGCUCGCUCAAAAGGUUACAAGUGCACACACUGUGCAGCAGUCUACGACCACGUUAACCUUCUGAAAGCCCAUGUACAGAGCGCGCAUGCAGAGCAGUUUUAUAAGUGCCCCAUUUGCCCAAUGGCAUUCAAGGCCAUCCCCAAUAUCAGGGUCCACAUACUGAACACACAUGGAAACCAAGUGGCCGGGUACAGAUCUAUCUACAAGUGUCCAUUGUGUGACACAGUCUUCACCCAAACCACCCUGCUGUCCACCCAUUUAGAUACCCACAUUAACGACAAGAGCAACCACAUUGUCAGCCACUUCCGCUGUCUGGAGUGCCACAAGUCGUUCGACCCGAGGGAAACAUUCCUGCAGCACAUGCAGACAGGCCACGUUGUCGACAUGUCAGACAACAUUGUCCUUUGCGACCUGUGCAAAGCGUCAUUCCCCUCCCUGAUAGACAUGGAGAGCCACAAGAAAAUGGCGCACAGCUCGUAUGUCAACCUCACAGCCCACACGUGCACCCAGUGCCAUCAGAAGUUUGGGUCGGCGCAGCACUUGCUCGAUCAUGACUGUCGGCAGCGAGACAACAAGUCAGUGAACAAUGACAGCAGCAACAAGAAACACCAGUGCAGUUUGUGCUCCUACGUCGCCAAGACUGAAGGCAACCUGGUAAAGCACAUGAAGUUUCACGAAAGGCAAGGCGUCUUCACGUGUUUAGAGUGUGGGAGACAGCUUGCAAGUCAGGAGCUGUUGGCCGAACAUCUACAGACCCACACGAAGGGUACUGUCCACAACUGCUCCGAAUGCAAAGCGUCCUUUGCAAAGGCGAGCCUGCUGUAUUCUCACAUGACGAAAGAACAUGGCAAGCCCAAGAAGUACCCCUGUUCGAUGUGCAACCGCAUGUUUGAAAGUGUCCACAGCAUGAAGAGGCACGUUCGGAUCAACCACCAGGGGAUCAAGCGUGUGUAUCGCUGCUGGUAUUGCAAAGAGAAACCCAUGUCGUACAGUAAGCGGAUCAUGCUGGAGAAACACAUUGUCUCCAUCCACGGUAUCGCUAGCGAGGACAUUGACUUUACACAGAUGCCUGACCCCAAGCAGCCUGUGUCACCGGACCAAGACGUAUCGACGGGAAACGAAAAGCGUCGGAAAAACGGGGGUCAGCAAGGCGGGACAGCAAAGAGGCCAAAACGUGCAAAGAUGGGGUUCCAGUGCGCCAAGUGCGAGUUCACCACUGAAGUGAAGGAGGAGUUUCUACAGCACUUCCCGCAGCACAAACAGAACCACACCUCCAUACAGUGCAUGGAGUGUUCCACCAGCUUUCGCUCGGAGGACGCACUGCGAAACCACCUGUUUGUCCAACAUGAGUACCGGGACCAGGAUGAGCUGACCAGUGUCCUGUCAGAAAUGGUUGCCUAUGCGGAAAAGGCAAACUCCCAACAAGACAGUAGCGUCAACGGAGUAGCGAAUCCCCACAACGAAUGUAGCGUGUGCUUCAAAAGGUUUGAUUCAGACUCGGCUCUGAAGACACACAUGAGAACCCAUGGCAUGGCCUUCAUCCGUUCCAAGAGGUCCAGUUCAAAUGACUAGUGGUAUAAAAAAAAAGAAACAGAUUGUAA